AUGGGAAAUCAAUAGCUAAAUAGAAACGAAGAAGAAGAAAUUUAUAUAGAUUAGAGAGGUUUCAAAAUUUCCUAUGAAGAGCAGUAAUUACUUAAAAAGAAAUAUGGUGAUUAAAACAUCAAACUCAACAAACUUUGUUCUGAAGAUACAACAAUUAAUAAUGAUAAAAAUGCAUUUACUCUUAGGAAAAAAGAGAAAAAAAUUGUUAAAAACUAAGGAAAUAAAUAUUAAAGUAAUGGGAAUAUUGCUUCAUGUCUAGGAUGCAUGGCACAUGACUAGAAAGAAUUGCAUUUUGAUAAUAAUGAACUAAAUAUAAAUAUAGACUAGAGCAAGCCAAAGGGAAAAUUAACGAAUAAUUCAAUUGCAUAUUUAGCUCCUAGCGAAAUUAAUUUUUUCAAGAGCAGCGCUAGCAGAAACGUUAGUGCAAUAAGAUUCUUUUUGAAAAAGGGAGUUAAUAUUAAUAUUUUAGAUGAAGAAAGAACAUCUCCCUUGCAUGUUGCAAGUAGACAUGGGUCAGUUUAAGUGGUAGAAGAACUACUAAAUUGUGGAGCAGAUUGUGAUAUUACUGAUAUUGCUGGGUGGACACCUUUGCAUGUUGCCGCAUUCUUUUAAAGGGAUGCAGUCUGCGAGCUUUUAUUAAAAAAGGGCGCUAAGCACUGA